GGCGUGGCGGCGGGCGGGAGGGCGGGAGGAGAGCGGCGCGCGCGGGGCGGCGGCGGCCAUGAAGCGGCGGCGGCGCGGGGAGGCCCCGGAGCCCGGCUGCCUCCGCGCCUGGGCGGCCGAGAGCGAGGCGCUGGCGGGGCGCUGGCGGGCCGCGCGCGGCUGGGGGCCCGGCGGAGCGGCGGCGCGGCAGCAGCGAGGCGCCUUCGGGGAGCUGCUCCUGCGAAUGCGGGGGCUGCCAGCUGCCCUCACCACCUUGCCUCUGGAGCUCACCGUCCUCUAUAACUCCCUGCUUUUUGCUAUGGGAGCAUCUGACUGUGCCAUUAAUGGAGAAUCAGAAGAAAUAUGCCAGGGGCUCCUCAGGGUUCUGGAGGCUUUGGGGGCCUCUGGGCAGGAUCUCAGUACUGAGGAACUGUGGCAGAAAGUGCUGCAGGAGGUGACUGUUGAAGAGCUGCAGGCCCCUUUGCAUCGGCUAGGUGCUCUGCAAGGAGCGUGGUGGCUAGCAACCAACCGCCUGGGAAGCAUCACCGGCCUCUUCCGCCUCCUGAGCAGUGCCGAGGACCCAGGGAGAGCUCCCUGCAGCGGAGGGAAGAAUGAACUCCUCUCCCUGCUCAAGGCAUGGAAAGUACCUGCCGAGGGGGCCUCUGUGUCCCUAGUACAGAGCGCCGAAGACUUGAAGGAGAUCCUUUGCACUGCAGCUGCCUUCCUGCAGGGGCUGCAGGAGCUGGAGGCUGGGAACCUCCCUGCCGCCCUUUCCCUCCUCGAAGAGGCUGCUGGUGGAUUCUGUUCCAAAAGGGUCCUGGCUCAGAUCUACACUUGCCUCAGCUGCUGCACUCAGCAAAUGGGCAAGCCUCAGACAGCCCUUCAGCACCUGAAACGGGCCCUCCAGGUGGACUUCCAGUGCCUUCCUGCCCUGUCCCAUGCUGCAGCAGUGUACCAUGAGCUGGGGGAGAUGGAUGCAGAGCUGGAGGCCCUGGCUGUGCUCUAUGAGGCUCUGGAAAGGAACCCUCCAGCAGCUGCUUCCACUACUCCUUAUUGCCUAAUCCAGAUAGAGCACCUUGUCCACACGCCAGCUCUAGCUUCUCUCUUCCGCCAUCGACACCCUUCCGAAGUGAAGUACCUGCUGGCACAGAGGUGUCUCCAGGACGGGAGGGUGGCUGAUGCUGUAGAACAUUACCUGGAUUUUCUGGCUCUGCUCCAGGAUGGGCUGCAGCAGCAGGUACCCCUGGAUGGUGGAUCAGCUCUGCCCAGGAUACCUGAGGUGUUCCUGGAAGCCGCAUCCGCCCUGGAGCAGGCCGGGAGGCAUCAGGAUGCCAUAACUGUGUGCGAGGAGGUCGUGAGCCGGACAGCUGACCUAAUCCCACAGGUGUUACGAGUUGAGGAGAGGUCAGAGCAGCCAGAGUGCCCAUCGCCAGGGACAGAAUUGGCUGGUGGUCCCCUGUCCCAGAAGAGGGAGAGUCUGUGUUGCCUUGUGUGGAGAACAGCUGCAUACUUGCAUCAGGGCUGGGCCUGGGCCAUGCUGGGCAAGAACAAGGAGGCCAUAACACAGUUCAGCAGGUGCCUUGGCGAUCUCUUACGAAUCCAGCUUUAUCAGUCUGGUGUUGAACCAACAGGGAGUCUCAUACCAGAAGUGAAUCUUCUCCAGAAGAUCAGGUUGCUCUCUCUCGUUGGGCGAGGUACCCAGUUCCUGGAGCUGGGGAAGCACAGGGAAGCCUUGCUGGAUUUCCAGCAUGGUUUGCAGAUCUCACCAGGUGACCCUGCUGCUGCCUCCUACCUGGUGCAGGCCCUGUGGAAACUGAACCGAAAGCAGGAGGCUGCCGCUCGCUGGCAGAAACUCUCAGAGAGCCCCGCUGAGGAAGACGGGCAGCAGGAAGGGCUGGGAAGGCGUGUAGCGAGGCCCUACCCUUUGUACUUGGUUUCAUGUCUGAAGCAGGCAACCUUCCCGCAUAAUGAAUCUCUUGCUAGAAACAUACAGGAUUACCUCCGGACCGCAACCACCUAACCCAGUCAGUCUCCCCAUCACCACAUACCUCUCCCUCCCUGCACCGGGAUGACAUGAAGCCUUAAUGGCUUCUCCAGGACUCAGAAUUACUCUUAGAUAAAGCUGGGUUCCCAAAGGACUGAAACGGAACAAAGUUGCUAAUAAAAGCUUCAGAUCUGUUUAAUUUA